UGCAACUAGACACGGAAGCUCGUUAAACGAAAGUUUCUUCUAUUCCGUCCACAACCAUUUGAACCAUUUCAACACCAGAUUAUCACAAAAGUAUUGAAUACAAAACAAGCGGGACUUAUUAAUGCUGUGUUGCUUCUAUGUUUCAGGAUAAUAAUUCUUCUCCUCUAAUAUGCUUGUCGAAAAUUGUCCUCAGCAACAUACCUUCUGGGUGGAAGGUUAAGUCUCAACUAAAUGAUUGCUUCAAGUUGUUUUCAAAUAUUUUGCCUUUCUCAUCACCACUGGAAUUGGAGUAUUUUUUCCAGUUUAAUCAUUUCGCAAACAAGGGAGAAAUAAAAACUAUAUAUGGGACGUUCGCUUACUACAAAAUAUCAAAGAAUUUGAAACAACUGAUGUUUCGGAAGGAACUAUCGCUUAGUAACUCAUGUUUGUUGUCUCUAAUAGAAAAUCCUCCUCCUAAUUUCACCACUCAUUGCUUGCUUGGUCUACCUUCAACAUUAUUUCGACAGUUUAUCAUUAUUAAUUUUUGUAUAUAUUGGCUUCCAAUGACACAUGUAUUAUAUCAUCGCACAGUUCCGGAGGAGGGCAAUACCGGGGCUUUGCAGACUGUUUUCAGUUUUUUAGCCGAUCCACACGUUUUCAACAAAUUAUAUGAAACAUGCAGAGAUGUGCAAGUGUUUAUAUAUUCUUGGAUGCAACAUAGUCAUUUCUAUGGUGUUAGUGGGGCAAACACAGAGGUCAACCAAUACAUAAACAUAGUUUUUAAACAUUCAGAUUAUUCUCCACUUGUCGAACCGCAUGCGUUGUCGAAUAAUUUGGUUUUAAACUUACAUGAAGUUCUCAAUCGAGCUCCCCGAUUAAAACGUAAUGCAGCUCCAGAAGUGAUAGCUGCUGCGUUGCUUGGUCUUAAAGUUUCUAACUUCUUGUGUGAGUGCUCAGAAUAUGUGCAUGCCUGCAAAGCGGCUCGGAGUGUUCAUGAAACUGUGCGUUCUUUUUUCACGCCUACAAAAUUCCAUCAUGCUCAGCAACGUCUUGAGUAUGACGCUAUGUGCAUUAUGCUUCGAGCGAUGAAUGCGCAUAACAUGUACUUAGAACCUGAAGAUCAACAAGUUUUCCAACAUGAAGCACCCGAUUUACUAAAGUCGAUGUGGAAGUCGAGGUUGUUGAUGGCUAAGUCAAUGAAUAUGAAUAAUUUUGACUAUUCCUUGUUACCAGUUAGCCUGGAGAAUACUUCUCAAAAUGCUUAUGUUUCUAUCGGAUUAUCGGCUUCUCGAUCAUCUGAUGAGAUUUCUGAAGGUACUUCGUCUCCUUCUAUCAGAAUUCUUGGACCUGCCGGUGAUGAGUCUCCUUGUGUAUUAGAAACGCUUACAACUCGACCGGCGUCUUUAAUUUCAGAUUCCUACUUUCCAACUGUUUAUUCGACCUCCGAAGUUGUGUUCAACCUGUUGGAUGGUAAUCUUGAUACAUGUAUAUCCACUAGUGCUUAUAUGAAUGCCCAACUGGCAACUUAUCAUUAUUCCAUGUGUCACUAUCAGAUUGCUUUUCAUUUUACUUUGUUGGCUAUUGAACAGUUAGAACUAUGUUUCAAUCACGGUACACCACCGUCUCCUCAUGUUACAGUUGAAGUUCUUCGUAUUAUGUGCAAAGUAUGUAUCAUCAAAAGAAAAUAUAGCUUAGGGUUAAGAAUUAUUCAACAUGCAUUAGUGUAUACCAGAUCUGUUAAUGGUUAUCGUAAUCUGAUAUAUGCUAAUCUACUUAUUGAAUAUGGGUGUUUAAUGCUGAAUACAGAUAAAACACGUAAAGCAGCAGAAAUUUAUCGGAUUGCUUUAGCACUAAUACUGAAUUAUUUACCCGGUGCUAGUAUUAUGGUUGCUUUAGCACUGGAAGCAAUAGCUUAUGCACAUUAUGUCCUUGAAUAUACAUCAGGUGAUUUCGGUUACGCAUUAAAUUGUGCCGAGAUAGCUGGCCUAAUGCUUCGUCGUUUGAAUUAUGGUGUUUGUAUGCAAGCAGCUUCAGCGAGUCGAGUAAAAGCUUUGAUAAUUGAAGAAAUUGCUAUUGAUGAUAAUGAUCCAUCUAGAACAAGAUCUGAUUUGAAGUUGGCACGUGAUUUGCAUAUGGAAUCGUUAGAACUUUGUGAACGAACUUAUGGAUUAUGGAAUAUUCAAACUGCAAAACAUUUUGGUAACCUUGGUCGACUCUACCAAUCAAUGCAAAAUAACAAAGAAGCAGAAAUUAUGCAUUUAAGAGCUAUUGAAAUCAAAGAACGUUUACUUGGACCGACAGAUUUUGAAGUUGGCUUAAGUGUUGGUCAUUUAGCUAGUCUAUACAAUUACGAUAUGAAUCGAUUUAAAGAAGCUGAACAGUUGUAUUUACGUUCUGUACAAAUUAGUUUAAAUUUAUUCGGUCCUACAUAUAGUGGAUUAGAAUAUGAUUAUCGUGGUUUACAACGUGUUUAUCAUGAAUUAGGUAAUUAUUCAGAAAUGCAACGUUACCAAGGUUUAUUUGAUUAUUGGUCUAAAGAAAGACAACGUCUUCGUUCAUUAGAACCAUCUGAAUCAUCAGAUUCUUUGGAAUUUCUUGAUGAAAGUAAUAUUAUAGGCUUAACUGAACAAUCACAACUUUUAAUGGAAUUAUUAAAAGAAUAUAAAUAUCAGUUUAAAUCAAUCUUUGAGAGUUUACAUGUUGAUUAUAACAAUGAGAAUAUGGUGAAUACUGCAACAACAAGGCAAGAUAAUUUCAAUGUGAACUUUGGUGGCAGUAGUACUAUGGAAGCUAGUCGAUCAACAGGAUAUUAAUAUUUCAUGUGCAUGAUAUAUAUAUAUAUAUAUAUAUAUAUAUAUAUAUAUAUUGUUUUAUAUCUAGAAAACGAAGUGUUUUCGUCUGGAUAUGUUUUAUUUGAAGAAUGAGUAUCAUUUUUUGCUUCUCAUUACUUCAUUGUUUGUACAUAUGCCAAAAGAAUAUAAUUAGUAAUAUAUAUUCCUUUUUAAAAUUUGGAACUCUGUUAACAUUACGUAUGGGGCCACUUAUUUUAACAGACAUUGAAAGGUAUCUAAAAAGCCAACGGAGAAGAAAUAAUCUGUUUUGAAUAUAAUUGAUUUAGAUUAGCUCAAUCGGUUCAAAAACUUUAUUACCUGUUUGUAUGCAGAUUUCAAAUCUACAAAUCUAUUGUACUUCCGGUUGUUAUGAAGUUUAUCAUGUUGCCUCUAUUGGUACCUGGAUGAGGUCAAGUUUAUAUAUAUCUCAGACUUUCAUAAUGUUUUUCUACAGGUCUUUUGGGUUCAUUCUGUUUGAUUUUAGUUUCGAAGUUAUGCGUGAAAUCUUUUAUUUAGGUCUAAUAUUGAUGAUCAGCUGAAGUCACCUAGGAACACUGUCAGAGACCUGUUUGCAUUUAGUCAUCUUAUCGUUCGUCGUAAGUUAGAAUAAGUUUUCUUGUUUCUGUUGAUACUUGACAGUUCGAUUGCAGCAAAGCGUUCAAAUCAGUUAAAUGUGUGCAUGGCAAUGUUGAUAUUAACUUUGAUCAUGUUAAUCCUGCCGUCACUUCAUAAAGUGUGAUGCGCUUGCUUACCCACUGUGAAUCAUACUAUACUGUUUUCCAUGGUGUCUCAGUUGCUGUUGUGAAACAUUGAACCUUUGUUUGUUUCCACAAUCUUAGUUAUUAUUCUCGUUGCUUUAAGUGCUGUGGUACUUCCUCUUACCCAGUUUACUCGUAGUUCGCCGCAGCCAGAAGCUUUUGGCGAAUCUCCUAAUAUCCUGUAGGUCAAGAUUAAAUUUUGUACGCACUUUAUUGUUAUUCUUUAGACCGGUGGGGGUUAAUAUGAAGAAACUAAUAAUAAUGUCUCCUUGUUCUGUUUUGUAGCGUCAUCCGUAAUAGUUAUGUCUUAUAUCGUUGAGUACUUCUUAAUCAGGCUUAGCAAAGAAAUGGAUUAGAUUAAUCUCCAUCUAAACCUGUCGUAUUGGUUCAUAAAACUGAGUUCCACUGUCAGACAACACGUUGAAAUGCGAAUUGCUUUUUUCUCAGAAUAUGUUUGUAUUCUCCCUUACUAUCUUGCUGACUUCCCGUCGUCUGUUUACAGCAGUAUGGUUAAGGUACUAGUGGACCCUAAUUCAUAACUUCGGGACAUAUCACUCCAAUUUAUGUGUCAUGAAAAAAUUAAUGAGUCUGGGAUUGUUAGUUCAGUUAAUUUUUGAAUACACUUUAAAAUUUGGUGUAAACUUCUAGUGGACAUUGUAGGGAGUAAAGAGCAAGCUGUGUUACUGUUCUAAUAAGGCUUACUGGAAUUUCGAUUCUUUCUAAUAGUGAAUUCAUAUUGUUAAAGUCUAUUAUGAGACGCAUUGUGAUAGGAUUUGGGGCCAUAUUUGUGUAGUUUCCAGUUUCUUUUGCUUUGUUGAACCUUAUGUUUCAUAAAGUGGUUCAUUUCUCAUAUUCUUAUUGAAUUAAGGCGCAAGUGAGUCUGUCAUUUAGAUACACAAACAUUCUCUUAAGAUUGUUUGACAAUACAGUCAAAAUGUAUGCUCCAUCUACUUUGAGUUUUUUCUUUAUCAUAAGAAUACCGAAUGUUUAAAAAAUUCCCAUAUUGUGAGCAAAAACAACAUAUAUAAAUGAACAAGAUUGUUCUCAAUAAGAUCAUCAUCAGACUUUAAUAUAUGCAGUAAUAUUUAUAUGCAUAUAAGAAAUUAUAAAGCCAAUCAAGACGCUUUAUAAGUCUGUAGUGUGGCGUCGAGUCGCGUUUGACCAUGAUCACCACUACAGGAAGGAUACCUGCCAGUUAACCGAUAAGAUCUCCCGUAGGCCAAAUAUCAGAAGGCAGUUGAUGGGUGUAGUCGAGAUGUAUUUGUUGGCGAUCUCGUGGUAUCGAAAGAAUACUGAGACCGUGCCAGGUUACAAGUGUGGUUACUGGGCGUAACCGAAUUCGUGCAAAGUCACAAUCAACGGAAGAAUGUACGUGUUUCGAUACAGCUAAACAAACACGUACAGUAAAAUAAUACCUGGUACAAUUGGUUAUAAUAAUAAUUGUUUCCAUUACACCAAUCGCGUUCUCUUGAUAAAAGUAGGUCACUACAAGUCCAUGAUAACAGUGGAAUUGAUUGAACGAGAUAAUCAUAAUAAGUACAGAGUACAACUCCGUGAUUACAUUAUAUGUGUACUAGUUGUUAUAAUAAUAAAAGCUUGGACCCAUGUUACAUAAUGGGAAAUAGGUUAAUGGCUCGAAAAUAAAGAUGCAGAAGUAACAUUCAUAAAAACUACAAGGUUACUGUGGAAUUUAUACAAAUUAAUGAUUUCUUUGUACUUGACCGUGCAAUAAUUACGAAUGGCAAAUAUAAUGUGUUCAAUUGCGCUCACCUAGUUCUACCUGCCUUAAAUUGCACUAUUUUGGGGAUUCUUAGUUAGCACAUUAGUUCAACUACUAAUUCUCAUAAUUAAGUAGUAAGAAUUGUCCACAAAAUUGAAUAGUCAAGCGUAUACUUAAAAGAUAAAAACAAACGAACGAAGUGUAAGGAAAAUAACGAUAAAUGAAAUCAUUCAUUAGGGCUAUUUUGGAUAAGGGAGAGAUAAAGGUGCUAUAACUUUAUUAUGAAUACAAAUACUUGGAUCCUUAGCCCUAUAGCUUCUGCUAUGUGUAAGAGACGAAAUCGAACCUCAUAAAGAAAACUAAUAGGGAUACGACAAAUCACUUUAAAUGACCUGUUUCGGUCUAUUACAUGGCCGCUGGUGAGAAAGUGUGAUAAAACAGAGCUGCAUGUUUUGUGUAGCUACCCUUUCCUAACUACUAAUAAAGAUGUCCGUUAACUCGUUGACUCAGUUGUUUUGUUGUGCAUCCACAAUAACUUUCUCCGCAGGAGCAGCUGAAUUUGUGGAUACACAUAAAUGCGUCAAGCCCAGGUAACUUAUGUUCUAAUUGAGGAAUCACCAUGGAUUGGUUCGUAAACGACAGGCGGAUGUUAUAUACAAUAAACGAUCCCUUCACUGCUCAAAUCAGUUGGUCUCGUAGCACAUCACCAGCUAUAUCUCCACCGAAUUACAGUUUCAGGAAGAGGGAUUUCCUGUUAACCGUUUAUCGCUUUACUUUCGUGUUUAUUGAAUUCACGUGUUUCUUCAAAAAACGUAAUCUACUCCAACGUUUUAACUGUUUCAUAAACUUUCUGGGUUGGUUUAAUAAGUCCAUAUGUGUAUAUAAAUAUUACUGUAUAUUAGAGUAAAGCCUGGUGGGGAUCUUAUUGAAAAUAAUCUUGUUCGCUCUCAUAUGUUGAAUACUAAGUGGUCAUGAAGUACUUAUGCAGUAAAAUCGUAAACAAGGCAUAAUUGACCGUUGAGAACUACUAAUUUGAAGUAAGAAGUAUAGGGUUGUAUAGUGAUAUUGUUACACAUAAAUGUCAAAAACAUAAAGCAUUUAAAAUGUGCAAUAAUCGCUCACCACAGUUGGACACAAGCAGAUCACAAAUAAUGUACGUGAUAUAACUCAUUCCCAUCUAGUAAUAAUAAUGAUUUAUGUCAAAGUAGUUACAUAUCAAUUUACUGGCUUCAAUAAGAACAUACAUUCGGGGUUUAUGCGAGGGGUACUAUCCCAGUGCAGUCAUUAAGAGACUACAUGAAUAAUUACAAAUGAUUGACACGUUAUUUUGAUAGCACAGUAGAGUCAGCACAAAAAAUAAACAUUUGUCUAGGAAAUACUAAGCAUGGUAAAACAUCCUCAUUAGAGUUGGAUAGUUCUUACACCGGUCAAUGCUAUAAUAUAGAAUCUGCAAUUCACCAGCUCAGAUGACUUGUGCCGAGUGAUCCGAGGUCUACUCG